UGUGUGUGUGGGCGCAGUGAGGAGCGCAGAGACGCGUCUUCUUUAAGAGCGCGUCCUCCGACUCGCUGCCAUUUCACAGCUUGUCGCAUCCAAGCGCGUCACGACUUAACCGACUAUCACAAUUCAUAGCACGUUACAGUCGCCCGGUGGAAUGUGAUGGCGUCCGUUACGUUAGGACAACACCCGGCUCGGCAUCACCUUGACUCAGAGAAUCUGUUGUUCCGCAAAUUAGCGAACGAGGGGAAGAAAUUAAUGCGCAAACCGUCACGGGAGAAAAUGACGCGUGAGCGCGCGGGGGUUGCUGCAACAGAAGUAGUGUCAUUAAACAACCGACUAUCCUUAGACCCGGGAAGCCGGACGGCAUUAGAGAUGUGCGACAGCAUUGAUGCUGAACCGCCACGUAUUACGGACAGGACGGCGGACACCGACGGAGACCCAGCGGCGCGGCGCGCACCGGAUUGCGCGUGUAGCGACGCGGCACAGGCGCAGACGCGCAGACUCGCCGACGCACAAAACGCGAACGCGAACAACAACGGCAUCAGCAGAGGUUACCCUCGAAGAAGCUCAGCAAAAUACAUCAACGAACUGUCACAUCGGUCAGGAGGCAAACGUGGAAAGUUCAGGUCCUUGUCCGUAGACGGAGACACGUUAGAAGGACUCCAGCUCACGCAGGGCAGACGAGGUGUCGUAAAGCUUGUCCGGACUGGACAACCGAGAAGACAAGCAUGGUCAAUAUUCGAUCAAGAUGAUCCCGAGGUGAAUGAGGAAAGAGGAGAAGGCCACCGUUUCGCCCCGUUCAGGGUCACGCAGGACUGGUGCGACGCCUGUAACCGGCUGAUCAAGAGCAUGGCGUUUCGGUGCGAAUACUGCAGUUACACUUGUCACCUGGAAUGUGAGAACCAUGUUCGGCUCGACUGUAACCAGGGAAACGGGCAGAAAGAAGAGACGUGUUCCGUCUCCCCCGGCCGAACAUAUUCUACAGCGCCUCCAGCGAAGAAUACCACUAAAGAGGUUGAAGAGGAAAAGCAACAGUCCCUCACCGAGGAAGAGGUCAAGGCGAAGAUAGAAGAGUACAACUCUCAAGUGACCGAAAAUGGAAUGAACUUAGCUGCUGAUGGCACAUACAACGGGUUCAUCAAGGUCCACAUGAAGCUUCGGCGGCCGGUAACAGUACUAGAAAAGGACGCAAACAGCUCAUGGAACUCAGAGAACAGCUCAGCGGAGGCUGACACAUCAGACAAACGCACAUCCUUCUAUCUGCCCGGUGAAGCACUCAAGCAGCUCCAUGUUAGCAGCACCACCACAGUCAGAGAGGUCAUCGAGGGCCUGCUCCGGAAGUAUACGGUGCAGGACAAUCCACUCAAGUUUGCUCUCUACAAGCAAAUGCACCGCCAUGGACAAGAUCUUUUCCAGAAGCUUCCGGACUCUGAAUACCCUCUGCUCCUUCGCCUGCUGGCGGGUCCUGAUCUGGAGAAACUCUCGUUCGUACUGAAAGAAAAUGAGACGGGAGAAGUAGAGUGGGACGCGUUCUCCAUGCCUGAGCUGCAUAACUUUCUGGCCAUCCUGGAGAAGGAGGAAAGGGAAAGGGUGAAGCAGGUAGAGCUGCGCUACAUGACCUAUCGUAAGAAACUCAUCAACGCUCUGGAGGAAGUGCAGAACAAACCUGGCUAAUGCACUGAGCCUAUGGACAGACUCAUAAAAAAAAAAACUCUGCGUAGGAUUCCCUCAUAACCCCCACCAGACCUCCCUCCUGACUUCUGGAGUCUAACAAAGUGACCAGAGAAGGUGUGUGAGGUGGUGUUAGGACUUAAAGAACAUAAAGAACAAGGGGAGAGUGACGGAUCACACAAUCACAUCACUCGGGAACCGAAACGGCAGACGCACAAAGAUACAGGAGUGACUGACGUGGUUGAUGUUUGAAAAGGAUUUGUUUUUGUCUGUCCACAUUUCUGUAUGAUGCUGCUGCUAUAACUGCUACUGCGAGUGUUACUUAGCAUGACUUUUUUUUUUUUGUUAUUUUUGCUAGCGUGACCUUCAUCAGGUAUUUUUUUUUAAAGUAGACAAAGGAAAUGGGGGGGGGGGGGGGGUUUGAUGAAUUUGGCAAGCAUAAAUGUUAUAAAGAUUCCAUAUUCCUGGAAGUGAAUUGAAGGAAGUGAAUAAAUGUAAAAGCUUAAGAUGGGUCUAGGUUAAAGACCUAGAUCUUGUGCUAUAAAGAAAUCAAUACACACUCACACUCACUUGCAUUUUACAGCAUCAUUCAUAUCUUAACUAAUACCAUUAUGAACAACGUACUGUAUUCAGUCAGACUUUCUGUACUAAUCAAUGCGCCAUUUCCUGUAAGCAUCCUCUGUUCUAGCCGCACACCUUUCAAAUCUAUAACCUCGACAAGUCUCUCACUGCAUAUAUUCGACACGUCCAAUCAGCACUGAUCAUAACCUAUCAUCCAUAUACAUACGUGUGUACAUUUGGAAAGAUGUGGAGGCUUUUCAGUGUAAUCUAUAAACGUUAUAAAUUAGACUGGACAGAUAUACUGUACAUUAUAAGCAUGCUGGAACGCAGGCGUCUCAAACCAAAACCCUACAGAAAUGUGAAACAGCUAUAGCGUACAUGUAGAGUGUAUAGUGACUGUGUGUGUGUGUGAGUGUGAGUGUAUUCUUGUUUCUGUUCUGGUGUGAAAGCAUAAGAAAAUGUAUAGAAGCACCCAGCCGCAACACUCAGCCAUCACACAACUCCGAGCUUUCCCACAAACUGUUGUUUCGUAAUAAUUCACUGUUUGGAAUCUAAUCUGUAGGAUGUAUGAUAUAUAAGAUGUACUGUAGCUUAGAUAAUCAUACAGUAUAUCAGAGCAUCUGGUCAUUGUUUUAGAUAAGUGGGUAAAGCAAGGCUGUUAGAAGCUGAGAAACACCAUAGGGCAUUUCACACUGAGCUUAAGCCUGGGUUAUUGUUGUAAUUGAUCAGGAAUGAACCGUUAAUACAGUAUGACGUGCAUUAUAUGCUUAAUAUGAUGUCGUGUAAACAGUAGUAUCAGCGUUUGUGGGGGUAAAUACUAAAAUGUCAAACAGUGAUAGAAACGUGACGAGAGAGACGAGACGCUUUUAUUUUUAUAAGUUAUGGUAAGAGAAGUGCAUACCAGACAAACUGGACAGAACAGUCAGAAACAAACUGACUGAAAAUUUUGCAGAAACUGGAUAUCAACUACACGACAUCCUUAAAAAGGUCAAAAAAAAAGCUAAAAUGUAAACAGUGCCUACUUGGGCACUUAUUUUAGAAGCAAUUCUUAAAGCUCGGUGAAAGGACUGAUGUGAGAACUGGAGAAAAUCUCUUAUUUAAACUAGACAACAUGUAGACAAAGCGUCAAACAAGAUAACCCAGGAUUCUUUUCACCCGGAGUAUCCAAUCACUCAGGGGAAAGAUUUUGAGUGUGAAAAGCCCUAAUAAUGUAUUUUACACCAAAGUUACAAAUAAGGGACGAAUAAGCCUAGUAUUUUAUAAUAAAUGAAACAUAUUAGAUUUCAAAAAUAGUUACUUGCACAAGGCAGAACAGACCACAAAGUGGUGAGCCAGAAUAAAUAUAGUACAGUAUAUAAAAAAUAUAUAUAAUAAAUAAUCCUGGUUACUUCGUAACGAGGGAAAGAUGUGCUUUGUACUUUUCUUCCGAUUCUAAUAUGUUUUAACAAAUAUUCCUGCUUUAAAUCGUGUUUGAGAUUUCAUUCUGUCUGACACUGAAUAUCAUCAUGAAGUUCAUAGUAGCGAUGUUACUAGAAAGCACAGCAAGGUGAUGAGUAAUGAGAAAAGGUCAGAGAUGUGAACUGUACAAUCUGAUGAUAACGUCUUUGUUCCAGGCUUUUUUUUUCUUUCUUGUGCCAGUUUCUCCUUUGCAUUGCAAAUUAGUGGCCAGGGACAAUCCAGACUAACACACACUGUGUUAUGUUAGAAUGUUAUUAUUUUGUUUUCUGCAGUUUGAUCACCUGUGUUAAGUAAGCUGCACCCCAAUGAUCACUGUUAGAAUGAAUUUAACACAGGUUUGUUUUACUGUAUAAGCCUAAAGACACACUGAUUGGAAAUGAUGACCAAAAGAGGUCAUUUUAGGGCUUCAUUUUAAAGUCUUGUCUCUUUUCCUCCAUGUUUUUUGCCCCUGUGCUGCCUUGCUGGCUUUGACGGUAGUUUUAAAAGUGUGCCUCCUAGAGCAUGGGAGAUAUAACAUACAGCCAUGAGCAAAUUGAGCAGGAUGGAUCGAAUACCUCCUUUCGUCUUAUCCCACUCUCUCUUGUGUUCCCGCUGGCAGUGCCUUUUGUCUGUGUGUAGCCUUACCUGUGUGUGUGUGUGUGUGUGUGUGUGUGUGUGUGUGUGUGUGUGUGUGUGUGUGUGUGUGUGUGUGUGUGUGUGUGCUUAGUUUACUUUGUUUAUCUGCCUCAGAAAAUGAGGAUAAAUGUAUAAGAUUGAAAGAAUAAACUGUGUUUGUGUAAGUCUGUUUUUAACUUAUUUUCUGAUGCAUUUGGGGUUGUGGACAAAUCAGUGCUAUCUGGCAAAUCCUUUGUUUUUCAAGGAUUCAGAAGUGUAUAUCAUCUGUAAAACUGUAAAGAUAAUGAACAAUUAAAUAAAAUGUCACAAUUUUAUCUGUCA